AUGGAAACCCCUAUUAAUCAUCACGAAAUGCUUUUAACUCCCGAAAAUGCUCAAAAGAAAAAGAUUUCAAUAGGAAGAAAAAGGAAUAUUUUCAUUAAGCCAACUUCUCAUUAUCAUUCUCGCUAUUCCCCAAUUUCAUCAGUCAAUACCAGCAAAUCUGGCGCCUCCAAGUCAAAUUAACAAAAAUAAGGCCAUCAGAAAUCAGUCAUCAUGACUCCCUGAAGUAGGGAGAAAAUAAAGAUUUACAGGAGAUUCUGUCCCUAUACUAUUCUUCCUCACCAAUGAGUAAAAAUAAAUGGGGUUUAGAGAACUCCAGACUCACUAUGCCUAAGUCAACCACCAGCGCUAAACUCUUUAAAAUAAUGGAGAAAUAGAGAAAAAUCACUGAAGUCCAAAAAGAAGAUGCCCAAACUCAUAACAAACUCAAAUAUUUAUGGCGAAACUACGAAUAAAAAAAUUAAUUUGAAUCUCUCCAAAUGUGAACUAUCUGUAUCACCAGGUAGCCUGAAAGGAACAACUAAAGGAGCAGCCAACGACAACAUUUUCGUAUCAAACUCCAACUACAAGUCAUUUGAAAACGUAAACAACUACAUUGAAGAUGACUUUCUUGGCCUCAAUAUCAAUAUGAAUCUUUUUACCGAAGAAAAUAACCACACCAAGCCAUCUGAGGAGGAAGAUCUGGAUUACAAAAUGCUACCAAAGAUGAACAUCCAGAAGACGAUCUACAAUCAAGAGCCUUCACAUGCUUUUGCUUAUCACUCGAUCGACAAACCUGGGAAAGAUUCUGAGUCAGAUAGCUUCCGUUCUAAACGACUGAGAAAGGCUAAAAAGGCCAAAAAUAUUACAAUAAAACCCAAUGGCAAAACUACUACCAAGAAAUUGUUAAAAUAAGAUAGCCUGAAACUCACGAACAAGCGUUCUAAUUAAAUAACAACUCUCAAAAGUGGCUCCCAACAGACUCAAAGAAUUGGCUCAAAGAGCUCAAGAAGACCCCAAAGAAGAGAUUUACCGAUGAAAAAUAUGCAUCCGAGCUGAUCUAUAAGCUUAUAAAGAAGCAUAAGACACAACUCUAGGAUAUUUAACCUCUAUUUUCCAAGUAUUUUAAAGUAUCAAACGUUC